AAUGGAUAUCCAUUGCCAUCCCUACGCCCACCGGGUCCUGCUCGUCAGGCCUUCCCCUGACCUCCGCCGCCCCACCGAAUCAGCGCCGCCGUAACCGCCAGCGUCACCGCGCAAUGAGAUCCCGCGGCUUCUUAUGCGUCGCGUCGCGUCGCCCAGACCAGCCGCGGCCCUACUCCGUCCAGCGCGCCCUCGAGGGCCUCCGCCCCUGCCUCGUCCGCCCUCGCCGCGCCGGCGCCCGCUCGAAUCGAGCACCCGCCGACUUUCCUUGCCCGCGAACACCUCCCUCUACAAAAGCAUAUGCCGGGCAACCCCCAGCGAGUUUGCCCAUGGACCUCUUGGAUGCCCCGGAGGUGAGCUUCCCGCGCCGGAGAUCAAGAUCGUCGCCGUCUUCCCCACCGCCGGCAAAAGUUGCCUGCUACCGCGUCUCACGUGCUCAGAUUAUGGACUUGGUGAACCGGUUUAAGAUGACAAGGUUGCCAUCGUGGGAGAUUGUGAGCUCCGGUGAGGUGGUGUUCUUGAUUGGUGUAUCCCUAUUUGCAACCCACGCAGAAGUAAAUUUGGGUACUGUAUUGAACCAUAUGCCAAGGUACCAGUUGGUAGUGUCUUGGGAGGGUUUGCUGCUGCUUUUGUUGAAGAAGCCAAGCGCAUACCUGCCAUUUUUGGAGACGAGCUUUGCGUUGACAGCAAGUGCUUGGCCGGCCAAGAUGGUGUCCAUCGAGGCAGAAUUUGCUUGGGUGCACAGGAAGAGGAGCAAGGUGAAAUCUAUGAGGAGAUGCAUGAUGAACUGAAGAGGAUGGCAAACCUGAGGAUGCCAGAUACUACAGAUAUAAGUGCUCAAGCUUCAAUUGUCUGGUCAUAGCAGUAAAAGGCACGGUGGAGCCAAAAGUCAAGAGUUCAUGACAACCAUACAAACCGGUGGAAAACUGUGAAGCAUCAAUGGUCUUAUUCUGGACUCCUUGCUUUGACAGCAGUGAAAAACUUGCUUUGGACUGGGUUUGCGUGGUGGAGACUCUAGAAUGGAGAGGAAAGAGACAUGCGUGGGCAUGAUCAAAGUAUUGUCUAUCACAACAUGACAAGUAUGUGGACACUUCAGGCGCUAGCUUGGUCUUAAGGUGCCAUAUUUUUAAGGAAAAAUAAACGCCAGUUAAUACAAGUCAUGUUAAGUCUUUUGUUGGUAUUAUACACUGCUGUAAAGUGUUCUUUUGAUCACACUGUUGGUAUUCUUUUGUGUAUUAAAGAGGGCAACAACCAUGACAUAUUUCAGUUUAUUUACUAGAAAUAAUCUUGUACCUCUCACGAGGCUACAACUCUGUAGCUGAUCUGAUUGCUUUUACUUCUGUAUAUGCACUUCACUAUGUAAUCUCACGAACUUCUGUUAUUUCCUUUCCUGUAUUGGCACUUAUCAUUUGGGAAAAAGAAAGCCUUAUACCUAUUGUCAGUCAUGUCUCUCUGUCCAAAGAAAUCUAUUAAUUUUUUCUAUA